ACCCAGCCAUCCCGGCCAUAGCGACCAAAGGGAGAUGGGAACUUACUCUACAGAAGUGAGGGAGGAGGAGGUGGAGGAGACGGCGGUGCCGGCGUGGUCGGCUCAAGUGGAACAGGGGAAAGAGCAUGAUGCGGCGGAGAAGGAGCAGUAUCCGCAGAAGCGGAGCAGGGUGAAGCUCGAGGGCUACGUGGACGGAGGAGAGGCGGACGGCGAGGGACAAGGCCCGGACGACGCGGCGUGGACCAGGAGCUUGACGGAAGGUGACCUCGAGGAGCUCAAAGGGUGCCUCGACCUCGGAUUCGGUUUCAGCUACGAGGAGAUCCCCGGGCUCUGUAACACGCUCCCGGCGUUGGAGCUCUGCUACUCGAUGAGUCGUGGCUUCUUCAGCGAUCGUCGGCAGCUGCACCAACGACCGCUCGCCGACGCCGCCAUCGAUCCGUGCGCGUCUCCGCCGUCUCCUCCCGUUGCCAACUGGAAGAUCUCCAGCCCUGGAGAUCAUCCGGAUGAAGUUAAAGCGAGGUUAAAGUAUUGGGCUCGAGCAGUGGCUUGUACUAUUAAACUAUGCAAUUGACAAAAGUUGCAUCUGUUUAACUUCUCCUGAACUCUGAAGGUUGGAAGAAAUGAGCAGUGAGCUAAUGGAGUUUGGUGCUGAAUCUAAUCUUUUUUUUUGGCAGAUUUAAUCCUCUGCUUAGCACAUCAAAGAUGCUGCAAUUUUUUGCUGGAGAUUUUCAUAUCAGAAUCGUACAUAGUAAGUAGAUCACAAGUGAGGCAUAGAAGAAGAGUGAAACAAUUUCAUGUAUGAUAGAUAGCAUAGUGAAGUACUUUUCUUCUUUCUUAUACUGUUAGUAUCUGUAUAGUAUCUGGUGUAACAUAAGUAUAAAAAUGGAUUUUGGAUGUUCUCGAUCCUAUUAUGAUCA